CAUUAACUUGGAGUGCGCGCUACCAAGUGCAACACGUCGCGGACGACAUAAUAGCGGUACUUUGCGGUUUAGAUUCGUCGGUCACACGUCGUCAAUAUUCCCGGGACAAGGACCAAACUAGCGAACCUUUCUUGGUCAGCACAAGCGGCAAACGAAGGCACAAAAACCACAAAAAACACAAAGCACACACACGGCACACACUUGUACACUUACACACGGCAAGCAGUGCGGAAAACUUGGACACAUACGCCCAGCUUGUUGCUGGCUGUGGGCGUGGCAGCGCACGAAAAAGAAACAGACAAGGACACACACAUGUGUCCUGCCAGUGUGUCGCGGAAAUUUUUGUGCGGAAAUUAUAGAAAUUUCGCUUUUUGAUUUCAUUUUCGUUCCGCUUUCGUUGCGAACCUCUCACCCCUCGCCACCCACCACCACCCACCUUUUGUGCACCUGCACCUGUGCGAAAAGACAUCGAGAAAUGCCCAAGGAGCCCGCUGCCGUCGGUGUCCAGUUGGCUUGGUGGUCGUCGCCGUCAUCGUCCUUGCAGUGACAAAUUUCCUUGCAUAUCCGCUCCAGGACUACGAAACUUUGGCUGCAAACAAAACCGUCAUUUGCGUGGCGCGUCGCUGUCGCGUUCACUUGUCGCAUAUCCGUCGCCAUUUUGACAAUAAUUUCAUUUCCGGUUGGCAAUUUGUACGCACUUGAGUGAGUGAUUAACUGCACCGAUUCCCAACGAUUGUGAAGUGUUUAAGAUUACUAAGUUGUAACUUAAGUUGUCCCGACGGAAGUUUAAGAGACAGUCAAAGAGGAGACUUAUUUUUGGAUAAACUUUAUUGCACAUACAGGCACAAUCCUGAGAGUCAAGUGGAAUCCCUUGUUUAGCCAACAGCCACCCAUCGAGGCUCCCCAGGCGUGCGCCAUGUACGAGAACUCCUGUUCGUAUCAGACGGCGCUGGACCUGAAGAGGGUAUCGCCACCGACUCUCGCCCAGGUGAAAACGGAGGAGUGCCUUGCACUCGGACAGUGCUCGCCAGAAUGGACCUCGUACCGCUUCCAUCAGUCCACCUUCGAGCAGCUGAAGCAGAGUGUGGAGAAGGCCAAGGCGGCGCUGCAGGAUCGCAGCAGUUUUUUCGGGGCCAGCAGUGCCUUUAGCGACAUCUACUCGAGCCAGCGCUUAACGGACUCCCUCGACACCCUGCCCGUUCAGUCCGGGAAUGGAGGCGGCAAUUGCCUUGGCCUUCCACACAAUCCCAAUGUCGGAGUGGGCGUGGCCGGAGUGCUCAACUACAAUGCGGUCAGCAGCAGUACGGCCGGAGUUCUGAGCAGCAGUGGGAACGGCGUGCAGAGACAUCGGUUGGACACACUGCAGCCGCCAUCCGGGUGCUCUCCAGCCGUCACCCAGCACGGCGUCAUCACGUCCAGCGCCGGACAGGUCACGUCCGGAACUCUGGAUGCGGUGAGUGCGGCUCCAGCACUUCCAUCGCUAACAGCGUCCAGCUCCUCGCAUGUGGAGCACAAAGUCAGGGCAGAUAAAUCCACGCUGGACUGCGCCACCACAUCCUCGCAUGCGGCGGCGCCCUCGUCCUCGUCCUCCGCCAGCGACCAUCAGCAGGGCAGGAUCAGCGGCAGCAAGAGCAGCAACACCAGUGGCACCGGAGGAGGGGCAUCGGCAUCAGGAGGCGGCGGCUCUGCACUGUAUUCCUCGUACAAAUCGUCGUGGGGCUCCCACAGUUCGACACAAUCGCAAGGUUACAGCUCGAACGCCCUGGGCAUCAAACAUGAUCCGCACUCACAACUACGGCAACCUGAUCCAUAUCAAAUGUUCGGACCCACCAGCAGCAGACUGGCCAGCUCAGGCUCUGGCCAAAUCCAGCUGUGGCAGUUCCUUCUCGAGCUGCUCUCGGACUCCAAUAACGCCAGCUGCAUCACCUGGGAGGGCACCAACGGCGAGUUUAAGCUAACCGAUCCCGACGAGGUCGCCCGCCGCUGGGGCGAGAGGAAGUCCAAGCCCAACAUGAACUACGAUAAGCUCAGUCGCGCCUUGAGGUACUACUACGACAAAAAUAUAAUGACCAAGGUGCACGGCAAGCGGUAUGCGUACAAAUUCGAUUUCCAAGGCCUGGCAGCUGCUACUCAGCCGGCGGCCAGCGAUCCCACCUACAAAUACCAGAGCGACUUGUUCAUGACACCAUAUCACCACAGCGCCAAGCUCAGCUCGUUCAUGAGUCCGCAUCAUGGCAUGACCUCAUCCUCGGCCUCGAUCUUCCCGUCGGCCGCCUCGUGGGGCAACUGGGGCAGUCCGGCCACGAAUCUCUACCAGCCGCACUCGAUGAGCCACGUGACCCCCUCCCACGUAGCGCCCCACCUGAGCAGCUAUCCCCACUACGCAUGACCAUCAUCGUCCGGUGGCGCCUUCUAAUAUGAGAGCAACGCCAUCGCCAGUGCCUCGGGCAUUGGCGGCGGCACGGCCUCGACGGGCGUGGGCAUCGGCGGAGUGGGCGGUGCAGGUGGCGGAGGUGGAUCCGGGGUGUCCACCGGAGUGGGCUCCACCUCGAGCAGUACCACCAGCAGUGGAGCUGGUGGCGGAGGCGGUGGCGGUGGUGGUACGGUCAUGAGUGGUUUCGGAAGCAAUGGCAACCUGAACGGAUCCCAUGUGUCCAGCAGCGGUGGGUCGUCCAGUGUGAGCAACAACCUCAAUAUUGCCACGGCCACGUUGACGGCGACACCGGCUCAUGCCAGUGCCGGAUUUGGGACAAUUGGCGGGCUCAGUGUGGCCGGAAUGGGCGUGGGCGUGGGGGUCGGAGUGGGCGUGGGCGGUGGUAAUUCAACGCUCAAUUCAUUGGUAGUAGGCAACCGGCUAAUGAACAGCAGCCUGCCGACGCUGCUCAAAUGAUGCCACUUGGAGAAGUUCGGGCUGACGAUGGGCGCAGGUCCUUCGCCGCCGGCUGCAACGCCCGCUGGCGAAAAUAUGCCACCGUACCACCAUCACGGUCAUCCCGCCCACUCCGGACUUCCAGGACACGCUGGCAACUAUGGGGCCAACGAGCGGGCUCUGUACGAUUAUCUGGACAUGAAGAGCGGCGAACAGGCCACGUUUUUACUGUAAAUGCAAAAAGGCAAAACUUGUAACCAGAACCACCAGAAAAGAUCCAAAAACAAAAAAUCGAAACGAAAAGCAGGCAGCAAUUGAAUUUGCAGCGGAUUUUAUUCAUAGGUACUUAGCGAAAUAAACCCGUAAGCCCUAACCACAAUGAAUAGAAACCAACCCCCAGCUAAAUAUUUUAUGUGUGCGCGAGUGAAUGUGUGAAUGAAUCGUUGUUGCUCUAGGAUUAAGAAACUAACUUUCCACUAAUAUACAAUUAAGAAACGGAACCGAAAUAGUUGGCAUUCGAAGCUAAACCAAACUCUAAGUGUUUUUAGUGUAUCAAGGACAAGCUCUUUUCUCAAAUUCAAAGCAGACAUUUUCCAGGCUAAGACUUGAAAUAGCUCUAGAAUUUUUCAAUUGUUGUUAGCAUUUUGUGUGUGGACGCAUUUGUAAAUAGCAAAAUAACAAUAUCAUCCUCCAAAUAACGUUCAGCACAACAGUGAAUGUCUAGUUAUAAAAGUUUGCCACAUUCUCACUUCAAUUUACGAUUUGUAAAUAAAUAUUUGCCUAAGUGUAAAAAUGUUUAGACAGUAAUGUAGUUUAUUUGGGUUUACGUAAUUUAUAUAUUGAAUUUUAUUAUGGGUUUGAAUACUUUCUUUUUUAACUUAUCGUUUUGAGAUGGUUGACUGUGAUAGUUGAUUGUACAGUUAAAACUCUUAUAUAUUUUUUAAAUACCAAAUUACAAACGAAUAAAUAUUGAAAUAAAUUACGAGUACAUAUUAAUCCCAAGUCUAGACAUACUAUAUAUUUGUGUGUAAAAAAGAAAACAUUCUAAAUUUAAGUCCAAGUUUAACUAUAAUAAUACGAGGAAAAUAUAUAUACAAAUUUAAAUGUGUGUAACUAUGUGUAUUUACCAAAUCGAAAAACGACAAAAGGCGAACUAAUCGUUAACGAUCUAAGUGUAUACAAUUUUAAAUUCUGAAUGUAAACUUUACGAUGCGAAAACAAAUAUAAAAAAAAACGAACAUCAGCAAUGCCCACACACCGAAACCCUCUAAGAAUUUAGUUAAUUUAAGGCAAAAACUUUCAACAAAAUAAAACCCAAUUU